GCCAGACAACUACCGGAAGUGAUGCGGUUUGCUCUAUAAAGCAAAUUCGUCUGUGCGACAGUGUAAUAGGGACACUUUUGGUUUAGUUCGUAAAUACAGGCAGUAUUUUGAUUAUAAGUAGUUGUUUUCCGUUUUAAUUUCAACCUUGCUCCCCAAUAUUCUUCCAUUAAUUUUAACGGACGAGUGUCCGCGCAGUUUUUAUUACGAAGGUUGAUACCGGAAGUCAUUAGGUUUGUUCAUGCUAGCUUGACAGAAGACUGGAAAGCGACCAGAUGGAAUUCUGCACUGGCUUCUUAACAGAUUCCACACAUUUUAAAUUGUAUCGCACACAUUUUUAGCUGACUUUCCUUCUAACAACCAGUCCUGGCGUGACAACAAAAGCCUAUCUGGGAGGCUCGGCUGCGCUGUGAACCGGGACAGAAGCGGUCAAGACAUUUGGAUACCCUGCCAAACAUCUUCCCACUGUCCCAAGGCGAGUGUGUGUCCAUCAUGCCGCUGUUUGGUAAAUCCCACAAGAGUCCAGCGGAUAUCGUCAGGACCCUGAAGGAAAACCUGGCCAUCCUGGUCAAACAGGAUAAGAAGACAGACAAGGCGUCUGAGGAGGUGUCAAAGUGUUUGGUGUCCAUGAAGGAGAUUCUGUACGGUAGCAACGAUAAGGAGCCUCACACUGAGACGGUGGCCCAGCUGGCCCAGGAGCUGUACAACAGUGGCCUGCUGAUAUCUCUGGUAGAAAACCUGCAGGUCAUAGACUUUGAGGGUAAGAAGGAUGUGUGUCAGAUCUUCAACAACAUCCUUAGGAGGCAGAUCGGGACGAGGAGCCCCACCGUUGAAUAUUUCGGUUCCCACCAAGAGGUCCUCUUUAUACUGCUGAAAGGGUACGAGACACCCCAGGUAGCGUUGAAUUGUGGGAUCAUGCUGAGGGAAUGCAUCCGCCACGAGCCCCUCGCCAAAAUAGUUCUUCAUUCGGAUCAUUUCCAAAGCUUCUUCAAGUACGUGGAGAUGUCCACCUUCGACAUCGCCUCUGACGCCUUCGCCACCUUCAAGGAUCUUCUGACAAGGCACAAAGUGCUUGUGGCUGAAUACCUCGAACAGAACUACGACGCUGUGUUUGCAGACUACGAGAAGCUGCUGCACUCUGAGAACUACGUCACCAAGAGGCAGUCCCUAAAGCUCUUGGGCGAGCUGUUAUUGGACAGACAUAACUUCACGGUGAUGACGCGCUACAUCAGCAAGCCUGAGAAUCUCAAGCUGAUGAUGAAUCUGCUACGAGACAAGAGCCCCAACAUCCAGUUUGAGGCCUUCCAUGUCUUCAAGGUUUUUGUAGCGAACCCCAACAAGACGCAGCCCAUCAUCGACAUCCUGCUCAAGAACCAGACCAAACUAAUCGAGUUCUUGAGCAACUUCCAGAAGGAUCGCACAGAUGACGAGCAGUUCAACGACGAAAAGACGUACCUAAUCAAACAGAUCAGAGAUCUGAAGAAACCGCCGUCCUAGAGAAGCAUCCCUCCUCUGUCCUUUACCCCAACUUUGUAUCAAUAGGAAGACAUACAGUAGAACAAAAACCCACAUUAACAAUAACGGUUAUUCUAUUUAAAUCUUCAAGACGUUAUUUGUCUUUUUUCUCUUUGUUGGUUCAUUUGAAACUUGUUUUUCUUUCAUCUGUAGCAUGUAGUGCCACAACUCAUGGUGUUGGAGGCAGCAGAUUUGCUGUUGGGAGAACCAGCAAACGGUUCAAAAGCUUCAGACAAAAUGCUCGGACAAAACAGACAUGACAAUUUUUUUUUAAUGCUAUUACAGUCAACUACUGUUAUUCUCUGCACUCAAGUUGAUUUUUUUUUAUCUAAAUGAAGUAGCUGCAAAACAAAAUGUAUAAUCACGAAUUAAUGCUUUUGUUUUUUAACAGGGUCAAUGUGUCUGGUCGUCAUCGCUGAAAGCUUUGUUAGCCAAAUGGCAACAGUAAUUCUCAGUUGCCUUCUGCUUGCCAAACGUCUCUUUCCUAUUGUAACUGCCAAAGCCAACGAUGGAUCAUGUGUUGUCCCUCUAAAACUAAAAAGCAUCAUCAGACUUAAAUACUAACGGAUUUUUAGCAUUGCCAAGUCAACAAGGAAAAAAGGCUGAAGCAGUUCUCUGAAAUUGAGAACACACUACAGGAUAUAUAAAGGCUGAUUUGUCUACGAUAAUAACAUUCAAAGAUCCCAAAGAUUUGGCACUUUAGUAAGUCUAAGAGAGAAUAGAGGUGUUUUAGUCACUGUUGACCAAAAAUCGCCAACAGAAAAUAACAAUUGUAGGAAUAUUUGAAUUCUUUAAAAUGAAGGGCCUUCUUAAUUGAACAUUGAGCUGCUAUCGGUACGGUAAGCUUCAAACAUUUUGAUCAGUGGUUCUCUUUGCCGGUGGCUGAUAGCACUUUCUGUAUGAUAAUAUGAUUUUUUUGUGUGUGAUACUUAAGCUGAUCACUGUUUUCACAAUUGCUUGAGGAUCAUUUUUCAUAUAUAUAUAUAUAUAUAUAUAUAUAUAUAUAUAUAUAUAUGUUUCAUUUCUUGUCAUGUACAGUUUAGGGUUUGUACACCUGAAGUGAGUGCCAUUGUGAGUGAAAACAUUGAACAUUAACAGGAGGCACUUUGCUGUGUGGAGGAGAGCAGCUGUAAAGAUGGCUGUUUGGGUUUCACUCCUUUUCUUUCUGUGUUGUAUGUAACAAGUGUUUUGCUCUGAUUUGGAUCUGAUGUUAGAAACAGGUGAGAAGAUUCAGAGGUGCCUUUAUGGUUUGGUGUGUUGUCCCUUGUUUUUUUGUAUUUUCAGUAUCUUUCCAGGGGGAGCUUAAUUAUUAUGUUAAUGAGAAUAUGCUCUGGAUAGAACAUAUUUGUUGGGAUUAAGCAGUGAACCUCUUAAUUCUCUCUAUUUAAAUUACACUGUCAAAGAAACAUUUUAAACUUUUUUUGCAGCUGAUUGGCUGUCAUUGUGUACGGACUAGGGUCUCAGCUUCACUUUGAGUUUCAAUGUGCAAAUUACAAACUGCGUCGGCUACAAACUCAGCGGGAGACUUGUCGCAGAGGCCAAAGUUGUAACUGUGAAAAAUCCACAUGUAGUUAAAGGACCAUAGAAUUACAGAAAAUUACAUUGGCACUUAUGUCAGUAAAUUUCUGUCGAUGUUUGAUGUGCGCCUAUUAGGUUACUUUGAGCUCCUACAGAUGUUUUAUGUUUAAUGUAGUCGUGAUGAAUGACAAUUACAAGCCUCUUAACUUAGGACACUCUAAACUGUGUUACAAACAUUUAAAGACUAAUGUCUACCUGCCACUUAACAUUAAAAAGGCAGUAGUAGAGUGCAGUUGGUCGUAAACCUGUGAAUUGUCAUUCUAUUCUUUUCAUCUGAAGUAGAAGAAUAAAAACAAUAGUUCUCCAUAUUUUGUCUUCUGGGCUAAAAAUAAAAAUGCAUUUUUUUAAUGCUAUAAGCUGUGACAUAUCAUACUUUAUCAGAAUACAACAUGAGAUGCAAAAGUAGGCCAACCAGCUUAACAUCUGACUUGAGCCAAACUCAACUACGUCUUUGCUUUUUAACUAAAACAAUGAGCAACUUUGGUCCCAGCAGAACUCCACAUCAUCUUCCCAGUGUCUUCUCUGGAAGUAGCCCCCUUCAUUUCCACAUUGAUGCUAUUGUACCACAUUCACAACAAAUAAAAGGAUGGGAAUACAUGC